CCUAUCCCCUUGCUCUCUCUCUCUUGCUUGCUUCACUGAACGGACAAUGGACUCUCUCGCUAUACUCUCAACGCCUCUCUCUCCUCACCGCGCAUCUCUCUCUACCCAUCUCCGCUUCCGCCGGCACGGCCUGCUCCGCCACCCCUCUCUCAAGUUCACUCCGCCCUCUAUCAAAUGCAUUCUCGAUUCUCACCUCCCUACCACUCCGAAACCCCUCUCUGACUCCCAAUUUCUCAGCAACAGCGAUAGGCACUCCCUCCAUCUCGCCUCGGCCCCGCAAACGCAGGCCGCGGCAAUGCGCGGAGCCGAGGCCGACGUCAUGGGGCUGUUGUUCAGGGAGAGAAUCGUUUUCCUGGGGAACGAGAUCGACGACUUCGUUGCCGACGCCAUUAACAGCCAGUUGCUGCUGUUGGAUGCUCAGGACCCCACUAGAGACAUUAGGCUGUUCAUCAAUUGUUCUGGUGGCUCCCUAAGUGCAAGCAUGGCUAUUUUUGACGUUAUCCAGCUUUUAAGAGCUGAUGUAUCAACAAUUGCCCUAGGCAUUUCAGCUUCAACAGCUUCUAUAAUCCUUGGUGGUGGCACUAAAGGGAAGCGUUUUGCAAUGCCUAAUACUCGAAUUAUGAUGCAUCAACCACUUGGAGGUGCAAGUGGGCAAGUAAUUGAUGUUGAGAUUCAAGCCCGAGAAAUCAUGCACAACAAAGAGAAUGUUAUUAGAAUAAUAUCCAAUUUUACUGGCCGCUCAUUUGAGCAAGUUGAGAAAGAUAUUGAUAGGGAUCGUUAUAUGUCCCCCGUCGAAGCAGUGGAAUAUGGCAUAAUUGAUGGAGUUAUUGACAAAGAAAGCAUCAUUGCACUUGAACCAGUUCCUGAUCGGGUUAAUGCUACACUUAGCUAUGAGGAAGUCACUAAAGAUCCAAAGAAAUUUCUUAAUCCAGAGAUCCCUGAUGAUGAAUUGUAUUAGCUGGUAUGGCACUUGCAGGCCUCUUGGAUCUCUUUUCUUGGAGGGGGCAUAUGAUGCAUUUGCAGAGUCAUCAGCUUUGUAGAUUGAAGUCGAGGUUGAUUGCAGCAGGAGAGCACGUUUGAGAUUUAGUGUUAUGGUUGAAACUUGAAAGAUUAUGUCUGCAAUGGAACUACUUGUCCAAAAGAAAUGUAUGCUGUUUUUUAGGUUUUUCUUUCUUUCUUUUUAAUUUUCCUCAAGUAGAGGGGAUAUUCAAUGUAUGGUAGCUCAAUAUGUCAUGCGGAACUACUCAUAUUAAUUCAUCUAGCAAAUGCCUUCCUGAAA